GCACCACAUCACAAUGACUUCUUAUCCUCCAAUUCUUCCUUCUGCACCGGUGGUGGAUUUGGGUCAUGGUGUACUUCUGCAGCCUCCGUUGUCGCGCUGCGGGCAGGGACCAGGUCUGGUCAUGAUACGCCCGGAUAAUCUUGUUGGAUGUCAACAGAAGAACGAAACCCUAGAUCCAGAACCGAUCCAGAAAUGGGCAGAGGAGAGCUAUGUAGUAGCCCAGGUUACUCUGGAUGCGGAAACAAGCCGUGAGCCGGCCCAGAUUCAAGAUCGUAUCGACAGAGCAGCACAGGCCCUCUUCGCGCUGCCACAGUGCGAUCACAAGAACCACUAUGGACUCCUGGUCUAUGGUUCUCCGUCCGAAUAUGCACCCGGGUUCGAGGCAUCACUUCGAACCAUCACGGGGGCCAGUACUCAACUGGCCUCGGUAGUGUUCUUCGGCGUCUGGGACACGCCUUCGAAUGUUCCUGCUCUUUUUCAUAUCCCUAAAGAAGGUGCUGUUGACCAACGGCCCGGUCAUGGUACCAUCUACUCCUAUCCCGAAGCCUCAUCCGCUGGGUUCAUCGUGCCUGGACACGCCGAUUUCAAAAUUUCCACCGCAGGAGUCGCGCAUUCGCGCUCUUUGACGUUUCUCAAAAAACACAUGGAUGGUCCCUAUUUUGACCUGGAGAAAAUCUGGGACGAGCACACGUUCUAUGAGUUUGGCGAUCGAUCUGUAGAGAAGACAAUGGCGACUAUGGUUCAAGAGCCUUACGUCAACCAUGUGCCGACCUUGACCGGCGGAGUCGGUCGCGACCGUCUGAGUAAAUUUUACCUGAACCAUUUCAUCUUCAAUAACCCCGACGACACGGCACUGGAACUGAUCAGCCGGACGGUCGGGGUGGACCGCGUGGUGGACGAGUUCAUCUUCUGUCUCACCCACAACAAGCAAGUCGACUGGCUCAUUCCGGGAAUUCCGCCCACCGGAAAGCCCCUUCGAAUCCCGUUCACCUCCGUGGUGAACAUCCGAGGCGACCGGCUGUACCAUGAACACAUUGCAUGGGACCAAGCCACAGUGCUUGUGCAGCUCGGUCUUAUGCCGGACUACCUGCCAUAUCCCUAUCCCUUGCCGGGUGGCCAAACCCCACAGCCAGGUAAACGCUUCGAAUACCGCGUCCCCGCGGCCGGGGUCGACACAGCUACGAAACUGCAAAACGAGCACUUGGUGCCGUCGAAUGAGAUGAUCGAAUCCUACAAAAUUCGGGAGGUUGAUGAUAAAUGAACCUUCUACCCAUGGAAUUUGUGGCCAUGACAGUCAUUGCCAUUGCGUCCGAAGAAGACAGGGCGGUGGGAGCGGCGUGAGAAAAAUGGACAAUGGGAAUUAUUGGAAUUCCAG